AACUGGAAGAAAGGCAAAACUGUCUACUUUUUCCUUAGGUUUGUGAAAAUUAGUGUUGAUCCAGAAGCUUCGGAACGAACGAACGUGCAAAAAUGGCAGAAGAGGCUUUGAAACUGAAGGAGCAAGGAAAUGCAGAAUAUAAGAAGAAAAACUUUGAUGAAGCCAUUGAGCUCUAUACCAAAGCCUUUGGGAAAGAUGGAACCAACUUAUCUUGUAUCACUAAUAGAGCUGCGGCACAUUUUGAGAAAAAAGAUUACAGUGCUUGCAGAGAGGACUGUUUGAAAGCAGUAGACCUUGGCAGAGAAAAUCGAGCUGAUUUCAAAAUGAUUGCAAAAGCAUUUUCCAGAGUUGCUUCAUCGUAUGCCAAAGAGGGUGAUUUUAAAAAUGCUGUCCUUUAUUAUGACAAGUCUCUUGCUGAACACAGAACACCAGAAACACUGAAAAAGAGACAAGAGGUUGAGAAGAAGUUGAAAGAGCUAGAUAGAUUGGCAUACGUUGACCCUGAGAAAUCAGAGGAAGAAAAGGCUUUAGGGAAUGCUGCAUUUCAGAAAGGAGAUUACCCCACAGCCAGGAAACAUUACACAGAGGCCAUCAAAAGGAAUCCUGACAAUUGUAAAAUUUAUAGCAACAGAGCUGCCUGCUACACAAAGCUAGCAGAGUUUAGACUGGGUCUAGACGAUUGUGAAAUGUGUAUUAAAUUGGAUCCUACAUUUGUCAAGGGCUACCUCAGGAAAGGAACUAUUCUAAUGGGUUUGCAUGAUUAUUCUAAAGCCAGCAUAGCAUUUAAACAGGCGCUGGAACUUGAUAGCAAUAAUAAGGAAGCUCGAGAUGGAGUGUAUAAAUGCUCAACAUACUCGAUGCCAACGGAAGGUAUGAGUGAGGAGGAUAUCAAGAAGAGAGCUAUGGCCAACCCAAGGGUUCAGAAGAUCAUGGAAGACCCUGCCAUGAGGAUGAUCCUGGAACAGAUGCAUAGCAACCCAGGGGCUGUCAAAGAACAUUUACAGAAUCCCGAGAUUGCAGCCAACAUCCAAACCCUCAUGGAAGCUGGUCUUAUCAGGCUACAGUCCGGUCCUUCGUUUUAGAUAACACCCCAACCAUAUAGAUAACACCCCACCCCAUAUCUGUAUAGUAUUGUGUGUAAUAUGUCAUUCCCGUAAUCUAGGAUUGUCUGCUUGUAAAGCAGUGGAAGUGAUGGAAUCUGCAUUCAAUUUGUUUCCCUCUUGUUUAUCAUGAUUGUAUCCAUUGGAUGUACAUGUUUAAUAUUGAUUUAAUUUAGAUAAAUGCAAAGCAAUUCUUGUACCACGUAUUUGCUUUCUGCACUGUACAGUCCCCAUUUGCUGCUAACAUUUAUGAAGAAAUCAGUUCAUGAGAAGUCUUGGCAAAGCUAGAUUAUUAUUCAAUUAAAUUUUUUUUCAAAGAGAGAGAGAUGUAGAUAUUCAAUCAUUGUGUUUGAAUGUGCUUAUGUCUCCAUUUCUAUUAAUCUCAGGUUGGUUAUCCAUUGUUAGGGUUUAGUAUGAGCCUAAGCUGUUGGACUAAUAAGUUAAUAUUGUCUGUUCUGAGCUAGAAGGGUGUUAAUUCUGUGUUAGGGCUUGACUUAACAUCCUUUUAGCUCCAUGACAAUCCAUUCUAUUUUGUUAAAUCUGUUCAAAAAAUGAUUUAUAAAAUCGGAGAAGAAAAGUAUUUUGUUCUUGUAGCAUUUUUAUUUCAUACAUCAAUUUGAUAAUAUAUCAAGUUUGGUGUA